AUGGUGAUGCUCAGCACGGUCACAAAGGCAAACGAGUCCGUAGACUGCACAGGGCAGAGGGCCGUGGUAGCUGGGGCAACCCAAGGAAUUGGUGCUGGAGUGGCUCUCCGCUUCGCCCUGGCAGGGGCUUCAGUCUGGAUCGUGGGACGUAGCGAAGAAAGAGCAAAUGGAGUCCUGGAGAAGCUCAGGAUGGCAAGUGCCGAGGCCCACCGUAGAAAGUCGGCAUCAGGCAAGAGCCAAGCUCCAGACGAUCAUACAUUCUUCCAAGCAGAUCUGAGCAAGACAGAGGAGGUACAGAGGGUCGCAGGUGCAAUCGCGGACAAGGCAGGAGAGGGAGGUGUGGACUGGCUUGUCAUGACCCAGGGCGGACCGCCCACUGGAGUGCUAAAGCCCAAGGCAUCGCCCGCUUCCCCCGAAGGCGGCUUUGCAGUAGGCGUCUUUUCGCGCUUUGGGCUAGCAUACAUCCUCACUCAGCGCAACGUGGUCACAAAGGGCAUCUGCAACGUAUCCGCUCCAGCUCAGGGAGGCAAGAAGCCACUAGACGUCGAUGACCUGGAUCUCACAAAGGCAAAGGCAAGGGGAGACCUGUUUGGCGGGUGGCUUAGUAUUCCCACACAGGGUAUGAUUGGCAGCAGUGUCUUGGACUCAGUCACACAGACACUUGCCGAACGCAACCCAAAUCUCGUGGUCUCGCAUCUGUUUCCGGGUAUCAAUGGCACCGACGCCGUUUCGAACCAAGGCUUCCCCUCUAUUCUUGCUUGGGGCAGCAAGCUAGCCACCUCCCUUGGCCUGCUCUACAAGCCGGAGCCAGGCUCAUACCCAGAGGUGCCCUUCUACUUGCACGCGAAUCCAGAGGCGAACUCUAGAGUCCGCAAGGGCGAAGCCAACCUCUUCGGACCCACAUUGAAGAGGUAUGAGCCCAUCAGCCCCAAUGUACAGGACCCGGCAGUCAGGGCAAAGGUAUGGUCAAAGCUGGAGAGUUACCUGGAGGCGGCGGGUUCGUGA